CGGUUAAAAUGUAUUCAUCAGCCUCAUCAGGGACGAUGGACAAAGCUGUGAUUGGCCCCUGCAGCUCUGCCGGCCCAGUGGUCGAAGUGUGCUUCCCCAGUGUAAGAGCAUCCAUUUUGGACAAUCUAAACCAGCAGCGUGAGGAAGGACAACUCUGUGAUCUGUCCAUCCUUGUGCAGGGUCAGGUUUUUAGGGCUCAUCGCUGUGUACUGGCUGCAUCUUCGCCCUACUUUCAUGACCAGGUUGUGCUGAAAAAUGUGACGAGUGUAACUCUACCCUCAGUGUUGGAGCCGCUGGCCGUUCAGAGUGUGCUGGACUCUGCAUACACUGGUCAGCUCAGGAUCAUGUGUGAUGACAUUGUUAAUUAUGUGACAGUGGCCAGCUUUUUGCAGAUGUGGCACAUUGUGGAUAAAUGCACUGAGAUUUUGAAGAGGUCCAGGCCUGUGACUGAGGGAAGUCUGACAGAGACACUCAUCCCCCAAGACACCUCCUCUAGACAGCAGUCCCCCAGCAGCUCUGACUGCUGCACCCUGCCGCAGGAGGGCGGGGAGGAGGAGAAGAGGCAGGCUGCGUCAGAGCACGGCGCUCUGCCUCCUCUGGCAACGUGGAGGAGACCCCAGCAGUUCAGCAGGUGGAGCAGAAACAGACCUGUGUCCUGUCAAAAUGACUACGGCUCUGCAGAGGAGAAAAUGCAGCUGCCCGGCACCGACGUCGCCUGGACGUCCAGUUACAGCACACUUUCAGACACAGACACACAACCAAAUGACCCAACUGUCAGCAAAGCCAGAUCUCACUUCAAACCAGCAGCAGCUAGCACAGAGAGACACGGGCUCAGAGACAGAGGAACUGAGGCUGAUGAGGGAGUGGGAGAAGACACUGAGCAGGAAACUAACAAAGACACGGAGAAGUUGAGGCAGACAGGUGAGAGGCAGACAGGAGAGUGUGAGCCAGGCUGGUCAGAAGAAAGAAUUCAGGAUGAACAGAGAGAAACUUAUGAAAAGAAUGAAUUAAAAAAUGAAUCAUCUUCUACUCAGUGUGACCUCUCUGACCCUCACAGAGAGCUGCGCAGUCCUGCUGGCCAUUUUCCACAGUCAUCUGCUCGCUUAUCAUGGCCUUGGUCUCAGCAUGAUAACAGGCUUCAGGAAGGAGAGGAAGACUGUGGAGCAGAUGAGGAGGGUGAGGUGGAGGAGGGAGAAAUGGAUUUUGGCCGAUUCACAGACACAGCCUUUGAUGGAGAGACAUAUGAUGAAAUUGAAGACGGAACUGGCCAGGUCUCCCAGAGGCCUUUGCUACCUGUAUCUCCAGAUGCCACUGAAUUUGUGCUUGAGCAGAGUUGGCCCCAAUUCAGCAGGACAGCCCCUCCCUCAUUGCCUCUAAACCCAACCCAGUCUUCUCCUCCCUCCUCCUCUCCUCCUAUCCCCUCAUCAUCUUCCCCCCUUGCUCUGGCAGGAGCGCCUUACACAGGCAAGGUGCAUUUCUGUCACUGUGGGAAAGCCUACACCCAGAAGAGCAUGCGUGACCGACAUGUCAAAAUGCAACAUCUCAACCUGCGUCCCUUCACCUGUCCAGUGUGCACCAAAAGCUUCAAGAUGAAACACCAUCUGACAAAGCACCUGAAAACACACGGAGGCCUGCGGCCCUAUGAAUGCAGGCUGUGCGGUAAGAAAGUCAUCUGGAGGGACAGUUUUCUCAGGCACCAGGCCCGUUGUGAGCGUCUGGUCGCCAGCGGAACGGCUGUUGGCUACAAUACCAGUGACGGCAGAGACUUAACAACCAGCAGCACAGCUGGAACUUACAGCACCCAGGAGUGCACAGACUUCCUUCCCCAGGCUGGACUGGUGAAAGUGGAACAGAGUGAUUCCCUUGAUGAUGAGGCUAGUGCGGGUGGCUUAUUUGCAGCUGUGACUGGGAGCGAGCAGGAGCUGGCUGUUCCGGAGCAGAUACUUAAGCAGGAGAAGGUAGAGAGGGGCAGCUGACAGACCUGUGCUGAGAAACAGGGGAGCUCCAUUUCAGCUCUUCCGUUUUUUCAUUUUUUCCCCCCAGAAAGGAGAUCAAAUUAGCCACCAUGAGGAAAACAUGAGGGGGAUCUUGAAUAAAAUAUCCUUUAUGAAUAUUAGUGUAUGACUGCUACAACCCUACACACAUGAAGCCUGUCCAUUUUGAUGAACUGUGUGU